AUGCCGUAUCCGUUCACACUGCCCACCACCUCAUCUUUCUCGUUUUCGUCCACCUUCAACUGCGAACCCCAUCCCUCACUGCCCCUCAACGCCAGCACCUAUCGUGGGGUUGUAAGGGAAGUGCUAAAAAAGCACAAGCGACUGCCCGCAUCCUCCCAACCGCCAAACCUCCCAUCCAUCAUCUCAAGCCUCAACAGCUACUUCCCAUACCUUUUUGCUAUUGAUGCCGGCCUUAACCAUCGGAUACUGCAUGGUGAGGAAAUUGGUGCAGCGUUGAUAUCCACUCCGGCUAUUGAGUGGAGACCAACGCUUUCUGAUAAUUCUGUGCCUGGCAAGGAGACAGCCCGAGUGAAGAUACACUCUGUUGAAUACGAGAUAUUCUUCUGUCUAUCGACUCUGGGCUAUGCGCAUACUCUUUUAGCACGUGCGGCUUUGCAUCCUCUCUACGUAACAUCUGGGGCACCUGUUGGAACCCAAGAGCGCACAACCGCCAUCACAACAGCUACCAAACAUCUCUUAGAUGCAGCAUCGGUUCAUGACUUCCUAGCCCGUCGCGCUGAGGGUCUGAUUACAAGCCCACCAUGUGCUGACAUUACAGCCACGACCACCAGGGCUAUGUCCUCUCUGGCGCUAGCUGAGGCAACCUUGCUUGCAGUCUUGAAGGAUGACCCCUAUCCCGCCCUCGUGGUGCAAGACCGCAACAAGAAUGACCGGGAAUGGAUGUACAAGGCACCUGAUAUCCCCAAAGUCAGAGCUCAUCUAUUCGCCCGCCUAUGUCUUGCAGCUGCGGACCAUGCGGCUCAGGCAUCUGCAUUGUGUAAAUCCAACACGAAGGGCACAUCUAAACUGAACGAAGGGCUGGUGCGUUAUGUCGAGGACUUGAGAAAGACAUGUCGAGCAAAAGCAUGCCGGUUCUUUGGCAUUGAUGCGGAAUUAUCCGGCCAGACGGGCAACGCGCUAGGCUGGCUGCAGUGUGGGCUUCAAGAGCUUGGUAUAGAAGCCAAAGACGUCAAGAAAGGGUUGAGCUUAAGUCGCUUGAAGAAAGACUGGGCUGAGAAGAGAGAGGACAAGAAGGUCGAAAAGGGUACUGGAUGGGGGGCGGAGGCGGGCAAAAUUGAGGAAACCCGUGUCAUAGAGAUGUUGGAAGAGAAGUGGACUAAAGUAAAUGAUACGAUGCUCACUCAGAUUGUGCCUGCCCCAGCAACUCUGUUGGCAAAACUCCCCUCUGGUCGCGAAAUUCACAGUAUCAAGCCUUACACCGUGCCUGAGCUCAGCAAACAGUCUCUGCAGGCUAUGCGAGCUCUUCCCGAUAGAUCUGACGACUACGGAGGUGAGCCUCUGAGUUCUGAUGAUGAAGAAAUUACUGCGAGGCCGGCUCUAGUUGGAGCGUUUCCUGGGACUCAGGGUGACUAUCAGAGCGAUAGUCAUAGGUCAUACUACUAG